GUUAAGUUCGCUUUGUUAUUCGCGAAAACUGUUCUACCAUGUGUUUUUGUAAGCAAUGUGUUUGUUUAUGUGUCGAUACGGAAUGAUUUGGCAAACUAUUUUAAUCUACAUACUCCACAUACAAGCAGCCGAUGGGUUGCAAGACAGACACAAAGAUAACCUGAAGGACAGGGAGCGGCUGCAAUGCCUCACUGGGUACAUGACUGACAUGCAGUCGUGGGUCACAUGGGAUGGUAGACUGACUGUCGCGUUGAAAGAAGGAGUAGCAGACUUAUCAAAUAGAAGCGUUGCUGCAAAAGCGUUGACAACUUUUCUAAAACUUCAGUCCAAGAACAAUGACUCUAUCAAAUAUCUGAGCAUGGCCAAGUGUGGUUUACGGAAAUUUCCAACGGUAGUUUUCUUGAGUCCAUCUGGUCCGUAUGAGAAUCCAGCAGAAACGGUCGAAUACAUGACAUUUUAUGGUAACAACUUUGGCCAAUUUCAAAUAACACCAGAGAAAUAUGACUCCUUAUUGAAUGCGACAAACGCUAAAGAAGUAUCUUUGGAAUCUAUGAACGUGCAGAAAAAAUCAAUAUGGUCGGCGGGACUGGAGAGUGCCUAUUUUCCCAAACUAAAAGAAUUCGAUUUACGAGCGUGCGAGAUUGAAAUUCUCGACGCAUUUAUUUUCCAAGGGAUGCCAUCUCUAACUUCUUUAUACCUCGGCGAGAACUUCAUAAGCUUUGUAGACGCUCAUGCGUUCGUUGGUCUGACCAGUCUACGGCAUUUGGACAUAAGUGGUAAUACAUAUCCACACGAAGAUGACCCUAAGAGAAUUCUGUUUUUCGAAUCCGCGGAUACUCUCCUACGUCUGAACAUUACAUCUUUGGACCUAUCCUUCACACCGGUUGGAACUCGUGUUUUAGGAAACUUUGGUCCAAAUUUGGAGAGAUUGUCUCUAUGCUACACGGGUCUUUACCGAUUAAGGCCAAACGCAUUCAACAACACAGCGAUGAAAUAUUUAGACCUGUCUGGUAUUCCCGAGAUUUUGCACGAAAAGGGCGUACUUAGCGGACUAGAAAAAUCACUAAGAGUUCUUUAUGCUAACUCGGUUGCUAUUAAAUCACUCGAUUUCAUUAAAGGUUUCACAGAAUUGGAAGUACUUAAAGCAUCACAAAACGAAAUAACAGCUCUAUCGCCAGAUGUGAUGAGCACAUUGAGGAGCUUGCAGAUUUUAGAUUUGGACAGUAAUAGAAUUUCUGCAUGGUUUACAAGCAUUAUAUCUACAAUGCCUGAAUUGAAAUUACUAACCAUCAUUAAUAAUAACAUUAAUGUAAUUACUGAAGAGGUGAUCGUUGAUAUAGCUAACGUAAAAUACGUGGCGAUGUCCAAAAAUUUAAUGGUAUGCUAUUGUUACGUCAGGGACAUGUAUGAAAUCGCAUUCCAAAAUGAAUUCAGAUUCAAAGAUACCAAUAUAACAGGCAACUUUAUGGAAGACAACGCACUCAUGUUCCACACUGGAUUCUAUGAUUAUAACAAAAUUAUAAACAGGAGAAAGAACGUGUCAGAGUCGUGCUUUGAGUUGAACAACUCGACAGACGUAUCUUAUUGUUUCGCGGGAGGUUUUAGUACAAAUCUGACUGGUAACUUCUUAUAUUUGGACUACGAUGAAAAGAAUUACGAUUGCUUCUCAAUUUCUCACAGUGGAAGCAUUUCCUAUGGUGAUGUUACACCGUGUGGUCAUGACCUACGAGAUUUGAGGCCGGAAUUCAUGUUGAUUAAGGGUCGUAACAAUUUACUACUUUUGUGUAUACCUUUGAUAACGUUACCAAUUUUAGUUUUCAUCUACGCGUUUAGGAGAAACUUUAGAUACUUUUUGAUUACUUUGAGAAAUUCUGCAAUGCUGAGUUUGAUUAAUGAGAGGAAUGUAGUAGAUGAGACGAAAAUCUUCAAUUACGACGUGUUCGUAUCAUAUUGCAAUGAAGACAGAGCCUGGGUGUUGGACCAGCUCUUGCCACAUGUAGAGAAAGAUUGCAAUAUUAGUGUAUGCCUACAUGAACGAGACUUUCAGGUGGGCUUAUCGAUAUUAGAGAACAUAGUGUCGUGCAUGGACCGCUCCCGCUUCAUCAUGCUUAUCAUCUCGCGGCGCUUCCUCUUGAGCCGGUGGUGCCAGUUUGAGAUGCAUCUCGCACAACACAGGCUGCUAGAGACGCGUCGCGAGGACCUGCUGCUCGUGCUGCUGGAGGAGAUCCCGCGCAGCCUGCGCCCCAACACGCUGCACUACCUGAUGCUCACCAAGACCUACAUCGUGUGGCCCGCGGACGGACACACUGACUUCUGGCGACGGCUCAAGAGGUCCCUUGUUACUAGGACGAUGAAGAACACGGAAAAUGAUUCGUUGGCAUAAAUGUUAUAGUAAUACAUAGUAAAAUUCGUGAUAUUAAUCAAAUAAAAACGCUCUCGAUGUGACAAUCAUAAGAGAGACCACAUAGCGAAAUUCGUUUUAUGGCUCUAAUGAAACUAGAAUGUUACAUAGCACUACCUGAUGCUCACCAAGACCUACAUCAUGUGGCCCGCAGACGGACACAGUGACUUCUGGCGACGGCUCAAGAGGUCGCUCGUUACGAGGACGAUGAAGAACACGGAAAACGAUUCGCUGGCAUGAUUAAAUUAUGCCACAUAACAAUACUAAAGAAUACGUAUCUUUGGUAAUGUUAUCUGGUAUCACUACAUAGUAUAACACAAAGUCGAUUUCUCUGUCCCUAUGUCCCUUUGUAUGCUUAAAUCUUUAAAACUACGCAACGGAUUUUGA